GUAUAUUGCUUUAAAUAUCGCUGUAAAUUUUCAAAAUCAUAUUACGGAUGAUAUGGAGAUCUGAAGAUAACAUCAGAGCAUAGUCAGUACAUGUCCACGCUGUAUCUUUUAUUAAAUUGCUUUAAUUUUUUUCAAAUAAAUUUGUUCUUGAUAAAAAUUAUAUGUCAACUCAAUGUUUUAGACGAAGCAGUCGAUGAUUAUGCUUUCAUGGCGUUAACAGAAACUGAUUUAAAAGAAAUUAAUAUUAAAAAUGGUCCAAGAAAAAGAAUAUUAAGUUUAAUUAAUAAUCACAAUAAAGUGGUAAGCGCAAAGAUGAUUUUUGUAUUUAUUUUUGUUUUGUUUAAGGAACAUCGAAAUUCAAAUGAAAUUUUUGAUAUUAGAUCCUGGGUCGAAAGACACGACAAAGAAUCUAAAAGAAAUCCAUCGCUAAUUAGUAUUUUAGAAUCAGGUGUAGUUAAGCCCGUGGAGAGGCAGGAACUCGUCAGAAUUUGUUGUGCAGGCUUGAUAAAAAUUAAUAAUGACAGCUUAUAUCCAUCAAAUAGAUUAAAAACGGAUUUAGCUAGCCAAAUAGUUACACAGUUCCCAAAACUUAGUUCAACUCUCUCUGGAAAUGGCUACGAGCAUUUUUAUGACAGUAAAACAAAUCAGGGCUUUAUUGAAUUUCGUUUAAAAACUAUGAGAAAGCGUUUAAGUCCGUCUAAGAAAAAGAGAACAGCGUCCAAAGAGUUAAAAAAACAACAACAGAAGUCGUUAAAAGAAGGAACUCUACAGAAUGAAUAUCUGGAAGAUUUAUUUCAAUUAAAAGUUGCUGAACUUUCUUUAAAAAUGCCAAAUAAUACAAACAAAGCUGAUAUAUUUAGAUUAACCGAUGAAACAAGAUGUAAUCGACAAAGACAAGUGAAAAAUUCUGAUGAAGAACUAACACUGAGUAAUAUUUUACAAAUGUAUCCACGUUUUAAAGAUUACAAUGGCGAAUUGAUAAAGAAGAAUCUUAGAGAGGAGUCACAAGCCGCUCGCACAAAGGGAGGGAGUGUUGCGGAAAAGGCUUUGGGCGAGCGAUGUGCUCCCGCCCUCAGAGGGCAGCUCACGUACAGCAGAGCUACUACUGGCGCGCCGCGUACGUGUGCGUGGCGCUGCGUGGUGUCGAGUCAGUCCGACCAUGGUGUAAAGAUACAAGGUGAAGCAAUCUGGUGGAUGCGCAGUGUCAACCAAUCAGAAGUGACCGAAACUGCUGAGUCGUCAAAAUGCCGAUUUGCUUCGUAAAAAAUUGUAAAAAUCGGACGGGUGUUCUUUUCCAAAAAAAAGUAAAAUUUUUUUCAUUUCCCAAAGAUCCGGAUUUAAAAAUAAAAUGGUUAGAGGCUUGCCAAAGAGAUAAAGAUCAUAAGAUUAAACAUGAAAGUGUCUGUGAAGUACAUUUUUUAUUAAAUUCUUUCGAAGAAAGAAUGAUGAAAGGAGUUGUGCCAAAACUAAAACGUACAUUGAAAGCAGAAUCUGUACCUACAGAAUUGCUUCAGUUGCCAAAAAAAAGGCAGAAAAGAAUUUACAGAAAUCAAGCCAGGAACACUGACAAUACAGAAUCUUCUGAGAAAUCAGUUCGGUAAGAAUAAAUAAUCUCUCAAUAAUCUCUCCGAGUCCGAUCUUACAGGCUCUAUCCAUAAUGUAUGUAAA